UCUAUCGCAGCUCUCGAGACUUUUCAUUCAAUGUCAAUAAUGGCCAGACUAGACAGGCCUGUACACUGAUCGAGAUUCUAAUAUUGAUGCAAAAAUGCUGUCGAAGUUCUUUCUGGUGAUUUUCGGGUGCUUGUAUGUGAGGCGGUGCACAGGGGCGACAUGCGUUACAAAUAGUCCCUGUUCAUGUACAUAUGAUGAUGGAUCUGGGACCGUAGAUAUAUCAAGCCUUGGAAACACUGACGGAAACCCAAGACUGAAAGACGAGAUCGGCACCGCUGACUCCGCGAAGUAUUCCUACAAUCCGUGUACAUCUUUCACAGAACACGAGUGCAAAGAUGUCGCUGUUUGCUAUAUUAUAAACAACACCGAACGGGAUUAUUACAUCCCAGCCGGAAUGCAGCCUACGGCAAAAUUCGGCAUGAGUGGGGCAGAUUUAGACAUCACCUACACAACCGCAGAUGAUGCGAAAACCAUAGUCACAUUAAAAUGUGAUAAGACGGUGACAGGCGAGCCGAAAUGGGAGGUGCUAGGUAAACCACCACAGGCCACCAACAUGCUAAUUACCAUGACCCACAAUUGUAACUGCCCAAACGCAUGCAGCGCAGGAGCGGCUAUGGCUCUAAGCAUUGGUUCGAUACUGUGCAUAAUUCUUCUAGUCGGCCUCGUUGUGUACUUUGGUUUUGGGGCUUUGUUUCUGUUUUUUGUCAAAAAAGAAUCCGGCGUGAAUGUAGUACCUAACCACACCUUCUGGACAGGUUUACCGGGACAAAUACAGGAUGGCGGAAAAUUUGUCAUCGGAUCAAUUACUAAAAAGCGUGGAGAAUACUCGGAAAUCUGAUUCGAGUAUUUCUAUCAUUAUAUAACUCUAACGAGACAAUGGAGUUCCAUGUCUUCCAGGCAUUCUCUUAUUCAUGAUUUUUCGUGGCGUCCACUCAUUCCAAUGUUUACAUCAUAUGUAGUGUUUGUACAUGUUGCAAUCACCUCGAUGCAUUGAAUAAAUGGGGAAAGAUACAUUUUCCUUUCAUAUAUGUACCCAUUUAUUUUUUCACGAAGUAUACAUAUUUAUUUUGAAA